CCCAGGAAGACCAGAUGCCGAGCCAACAAACUGCUGAAGAGCCAUCUCUUCCAAUUAGGGAAAAAAGGCAAAAAGCACUAAGAUUUGAGAAUGUCCGAGACCGUGACUGUUUUUGGUGCUGACAAGUGUCAAGGGAAUGCGAUAGCCACAGCCUUGCUCCAGCAUGGUCAUUUCACAGUGCGUGCUGUCGUGCAAGAGUUAACCUCUCUGACCAGUCAGCAGCUACAGGCAGGUGGUGCACACACCUUUCUCGUGGACUAUAACAAGCCUGCAAGCAUCGACUCCACUCUGUGUGGUGCACAUAAGUGUUUUGUCAUCACCCACACAGAUUUCAACAACAAGGAACCCCUGAGGACUGAAAUUCAGCAGGGGUAUAAACUUGCUGACGUAUGUAAACAGCACAACAUUAGGCAGGUUGUGUUAAGUGGAGCUCAUCAUGUCCACAGGAAAUACAGCCUCCCAGCGAGGCACAUGGAUGCAAAGGCCUGCAUCAACGAUUAUAUGAACGAAAUUGAUUUGCCCAAGACUGAGAUUAUAGUUCCAUUUUACUUUGAAAGUUUUCUGACAACAUUCAAACCAAGUCCAACUGGAAAUAAUACUUAUAAAAUUGCCAUUCCUAUGGGAGAAGCAGCCAUGGACGGAAUAAGUAUCAAACAGAUCGGUCCGAUUGUAACAACCUUAUUUAAAAACCCACAGCGCUGGAUAGGAAAGAGCUGCUUUCUGUCAGCAGGCAGUCUGAGGAUCCCGGAAUAUGCACAAAUCCUCACACAUCACCUAGGCCCCAAACAGUUUAAAGAUUCCCGGAUUUCAGUCCGAGAGUUUGUGGACUUUUUUGGCGGACCAGGAGCUCAGGACCUCGGGAAUAUGUUUGAAUUUUGGAAGCGAGGUGGACAGAAAAUGAACCAUGCUUUAACUCUGGAGCUGUAUCCUGAGUUACAACAAUUCCAACGGUGGGUUUCAGCUAACAGCACCUUGCUCAGGGCUUCUCUGGAUAAUGAACAGGCAGUACCGAUGGGCAGCUGA